AUGGCAACAGCUAUCUCGAAACCUGCCUCCCAUGCUCCGAAAAUGAAGCGUCCGCCCCCGCCUUUCUCACAACCUGGGGUUAACGGGGUCAAGCCGCAGCCGCCUUCGUCUUCUCCACCCACCACCAACACAAGACUUCCUGGCAACGUGUCGGCUGGCUCAAGUCCCAAUCUUCCCAAUGGAGUGCUCAACAUGGCGAAUCCGUCAAAGGGUGCCAUUAACCGGACUCGAAACUCCCAGUCGCAAAAGGGCGGCGAGCAGUCUUCGCGUACGGGCCGGCCUGUAACAAGGACAGCAUCAGGCGGGACUGAUAGCCGGGCCUCAAAGAGGUGCCCUGAACCAUAUGUGAAAACCACAGCCUACAUACUCAAGAAAUACAGAAAAUGCCCACCAUCUCUUACCAUACACCUUCACCCUACACAUUUUCGAUUUGAACAGCAAGAUGGAAGUUUCCCUUACAACUCAGAGAUGAAGAUCAUCAUUGAACACCUCCGCGACGGCACGAUUCCACAUGCUUUGAUCGACGACCUUCUUCGAAGUAAUGUGCGCUUUUAUGAAGGUUGUCUUAUCGUUCAAGUGGUCGAUCAUAAAUCCGUGUCCGCGCAAGCCAGAAAGACCUCCCCUUCAAUAUCGAAUGAGAAUAACACCCCGUUCUCUUUGCAUAACUACAACGAACAUAUUACCCCAUCUGCCUAUGUCCCUUAUCCGAAACAAAACCAGCUUACAGAAGUGCAAAGCUCCAAAACUGCAGAGUCAGCAUCAGCCGAUCAAAGCAAGCCAGAGAAGGAGAAGGAGAGCAAUGGAGAAACUGCAGAUACCCAUGAACAAGUAACAGAGUCUGGAAACAAGCUUGAUCCUCCGAAGCCGCGAGUGUUUACCACCGUCUUACACCCUACUGCCAGAGUAUUGCAGGCCGAACUAACUUUGCUUGUGACCACACCUGACCCGAGAGCAGCAAAAGCAUCAGCUGCUGGCCAGCUCGCUCGCACGCAGUCUGGGUCGGUGGUGCCUCAAUCCCCGGCGACUGGUGGUAUUCAACCCGAUCGUCCAGCAAAGAGGCAGAAGACUCUCGUCGAACCGCACCAACUCCAGGAGUGUGAAUCAUUGAUCGUUCGGGCAUUGGCUCCGCCGGUCUAUUUGGAACCUGUUCACAGCUUUGAGGCAUCUCAAAGGUUACUCAAAUUCCUGGAAGACCCAUUACAUAAUAACCCGCCACCAGCACCCAAGCGUCGCAAGAGAACAGUCGCCGAACUGGCAGCAGACGAGGCGCUUGCUGCAGAAGAGGAGAGAUUCAUGCUUAUUAUGGACGAACGUCUUGAACCCACAGCUUCUAACGGUGCCGGUGGCACCAAGGCUUCUGCGGUGGAUGAAACAGCUGGUGUGGCACCGUUUGAACCGCGCUUCUCACGUUUCAAGACCCUGGAAACCAUUCGUUUGCAACAUGAAGAGAAGGCGAAGCGUGAACAUGAGUUGAAGAUGAAGCAAGAAUUGGCCAAGCGACAGCAGCAAGAGCAGGAGCGGGAACGACGCCGGGCAAUUGAGCAGCGACAGGCUGAGGAACAUGCUAAAGAGGAGGCUCGUAGACAACAACUGGCAGCACAACAUGCGCAAGCCCAGAUCGCAGCUCAACAAAGCCGACAUGCCAUGGUCCAAGCCAAUGGUGUCAGCCAGGGCCAGCAAUCUUCUCCUGUUGUACGCAAUCAAACCCCUCAUAGCAUCUCAUCACCACUGGUUGGUAACAUGACAACACAGGCGGUUCCUAUGAGCAUCAGCGCAUCUCAGCAGUCUGGAAGCCCACCAAGGCCACCUUCAGCUCUGCAGCAUGCUCAUCCUAAUAUGAUGAGUCACCCUAUGGCACCUUCAAGGAGCCAACAAGGACCAAGUCGGCACGGUACCCCUCAAAUGACACAGGGCACUCCGGCUAUGUCCCACGCGACCCCAAUUAUGCGCAAUGUCACUCCAACUCAGCGGAUGGCCCAUGGCAGUCCAAAUCAUUCGACAAUGGGCCAGACCCCAAUGAUGAACCACGCUAUCGCAGGCCCUCAACAAAUGAACAAUGGAAUGAAUCUUACUCCACAGCAACAGCAGCAGCUCGCGCUUCAGCAACGGCAAGCUAUGCUUGCUCAAGCAGCACAGCAGCAAGGUCAUAUGGGAGGGAACCAAUUUACUCCACAGCAACUUGCGCAACUGCAGGCCAAUGCACAUGCCCAGCAAAAUAUUCAGUCACAUCAACAACAGCAGCUUUUGCAAGCCCAGAAGCAGCAGCAGCAGCAACAGGCAGCGCAGCAACAACAACAACAUCAACAGCAGCAGCAGCAGCAACAGGGCAUGAAUCCACAGCAACAGCAAAAUCACCCGAAUAUGCAAAAUGUACCUCGACAGAGCCACCAGGCUUACCAGGCGCAGAUGAUGCGGGCUCAAUUUGCUCAGAUGCAAAUGGUAAAGCAGCAGGGAGGAGCCAUUGGUCAAGCUCAAGGUCAAGCGAAUCAUGGCAGUCCGCAGCAGGGAAUGACGCCCCAGAGCAUGCCUUCCCAGCAACAGCAGCAGCAACAGCCACAACAGCUCCAAGGGAUGAGUCCUCAGCAACAGCAGCAACAGCUGAUGAUGGCCGCUGCCCAAGCCAAUGGUGGUCAGAUGCCGAACAUACAAAACAAUAUGGCUGCACGAUACAAUCGUAUGUAUCAUCAACGACUCGUGCAGUUGCGAUCGGAUAUGGCCAGUCGGUACAUGCAACAGUAUGGACCUCCGACAGCUUACCCGCCUCAGAUUGCGCAACAAUAUGGUGCAGGGCUUGAAAAGAGCGCCAAAGCAUUUGUGCAAGAGAUGAUGCGACGUGAACGUGACGCUGUUCACCAACAACGAGCUAACCAGCAAGCCGCGGCUAUGCAAGCUCAACAGAUGCAACAGCAGAAUAUGAUGCAGAAUGGCAUGGGCAACUGA